UCUACCCGGACAUGUGAGCAGCUGCACAGAAUCGGUUUCGGCACGCCAUUUGUGGGAAAUAGUUACUUUCACAUUACUGACUCCUCGCUGAGAGCUUGUUGAGUUGAAGUUGAGUCCGCCCGGGUCAAAUAACUACAUAAACUGUUCCACAAUGGCUACGGACUCCUGGGCCCAAGCUGUGGACGAGCAAGAGGCCGCGGCGGAAUCGAUCGGUGGCCUCCAAAUAAAGGACAAACCAGAGGAAAAUGGCACGGCUGCAAUUGCAACAGACUCCAGCAGUGCAGCUGCAAAGUCAGAAGUUGGGGCAGAAAACAAGGGAACAGAUGAAGAUGAAACUGACAAAGACGACAAAGCGGCACAGUCAUUAUUGAACAAGCUGAUACGGAAUAAUCUUGUUAAUAACACGAAUCAAGUGGAAGUUCUUCAGAAGGAUCCCAACUCUCCGCUCUACUCUGUCAAGUCCUUUGAGGAGUUGCGACUCAAACCACAGCUGCUUCAGGGCGUGUACGGCAUGGGUUUCAACAGACCAUCCAAAAUCCAAGAGACUGCCUUACCUAUGAUGCUGGCCGAACCUCCACAGAAUCUGAUUGCUCAGUCGCAGUCGGGAACAGGGAAAACAGCUGCCUUUGUCCUGGCCAUGCUCAGUCAUGUAGAUCCCAACAAAAGAUAUCCCCAGUGCCUGUGUGUGUCACCCACCUAUGAACUGGCACUUCAGACUGGCAAGGUAAUCGAGCAGAUGGGCAAACACUAUCCUGAGGUCAGACUAGUCUACGCCAUCAGAGGAAAUAAAUUGCAGCGGGGCAUUAAGCUGGAGGAACAGAUAGUUAUCGGGACACCUGGCACCAUGCUUGACUGGUGCGGCAAAUUCAAGUUCAUAGACCCCAAGAAGAUCAUGGUAUUUGUGCUUGAUGAGGCCGACGUCAUGAUCGCAACACAGGGUCACCAAGACCAGAGCAUCCGCAUCCAGAGGAUGCUGCCUAAAAACUGCCAGAUGUUACUGUUCUCAGCCACGUUUGAGGAGACAGUGUGGAGCUUCGCCCAGCGCAUUGUGCCUGACCCCAACAUCAUCAAAUUAAAGAGAGAAGAGGAGACGCUGGACACCAUCAAACAGUACUACGUGUUGUGCAACAGCAGGGAGGAGAAGUUCCAAGCCCUCUGUAACCUCUACGGAGCUAUCACCAUCGCCCAGGCCAUGAUCUUCUGCCACACAAGGAAGACAGCAGGCUGGCUUGCAGGGGAGCUGUCCAGAGAAGGCCACCAGGUGGCACUGCUCAGUGGAGAGAUGCAGGUGGAGCAGAGAGCUGCUGUCAUCGACCGCUUCAGAGAAGGCAAGGAGAAGGUCCUGGUCACCACAAACGUUUGUGCCAGAGGCAUCGAUGUGGAGCAGGUUUCUGUCGUGAUCAACUUUGACUUGCCAGUAGACAAGGAUGGUAACCCAGACAACGAGACGUACCUGCACAGGAUCGGUCGCACAGGUCGAUUUGGCAAAAGGGGACUGGCCAUCAACAUGGUGGACAGCAAGAUGAGCAUGAACAUCCUCAACAGGAUCCAGGAGCAUUUCAGUAAGAGAAUUGAAAAACUAGACACAGAUGAUCUGGAUGAAAUUGAGAAAAUCGCCAGCUAAAGAGAACGCCGUUUACUGAUGGAUGACCACCCAACUUCCCUUCCCCUCUUGGCUCUCCAAGGACUGUACGCUCCUACAGUGUUUUAUGCUUUUAUUUUUUUAGCCGUCGGAGAGAAGAGCAAAACCACAAACACAGCAUAUGUUUCCGCGUGGAUAUGUCUCCUCUCAGACGAGUGUUUUGUAAGUCUCUGGAACAUACCCCAUUUCACUCUUUGUACUUCUUUGAAUAAAGUCUAUGAGUUUAUCGCUGUGUAUCUUGAUGCUGCAAAAGCAGCCACAUUUGAAUCUGUUUUACUGAACACAGGUGGAGUUAAAAAACACUUUUUGGUGUUGGCUGUAGUGGUGGCAUGAUACAAGCUAUUCUGUAAAGAGAUUCCCAAAAACCCUAAUUCGGGGGUAAAAAAAACCAUUUUAUGUGCCACAAAGUUUUUAAUUUUAAAAGGAGCAAAGUAUAAUUGAAUGUAACUGUAUCACAUAGACUAUGACUAGCAAACCUCAGUACAAAGGGUGAAGUUGGGUAUGCUGCUCCGAGCAG